CAUUCCCAGUUUCUCAGCUGCGCCGACUGGUUGUCUCGCGCCUUGAGCAGUUCGGUUGCUUUAAUCGGUAAACGAAUUUUGAAUGCAAGUCGGCUUUUAAUUUGACGGUCUACGCGAGCAAAGGAAUAUCAAUAUCGAAGGAAUUAUCGCGGAUCGGGAUCUUGUGUUUCUUUGAAUUGGCCUAAUUUUUUGGAUGGCCGGAACAAAACCUUGAAGGGUAUACGGACCUUAGUAGCCUUUUGAGCUUAACGUCUAAAGUACCAAAAGAAAAGGCAGUUAACGGAGAAAAACUAAAGCUUGCUUGGGGAGGGCCUGGCCAUAUCGCUCUAAUGCCUUAUUUAUAUGACGCAUCGUCGCCUGCCGUAGGAGACCCCGUCUAAAACUCAAUUUGGAUCUGAAGUACCGAUCUCGUGCUGACUUGUAAAUAAAUGUAACAAAUCGAAAAUUCGAAUCCCUGACCGCUUGUUGUCACCGCCCCGAAAUCAGCUGUCAAACCUAGCGGUCGGUGCUAAAAAACGAUCCCAACUCGAACUGUUCAUCUUACCUGUCGCUAAGUAAUGUGUUUGAGUGAGUGUCUUGUACAUGCUCAUGUGUGACCCUAAGUUUCUUAAACUACCUUGCUGCUGAAGCGGAAGUUAAAUAAAAAGACGUCAGUAAAUUAAAUUAAAUUAUUCAGAAAUAUGAGGUGUCAAUCUGUAAAACAACGAUGAAGUGAUGCUUGCCUGCCAAGUAGUAGGUAGAUCUUGUCAUAUUUACACAUACUCGGCAGCUUAAAUCGGGUCAAUCCCGUCAAGUGUCAAGUAUCAUUUGCAUAUCAAGGCCAGGGCCAAAGGAUAAGCCAGGACAAACGUAAUACCACAGACUAGGCCUGCACAACGUACCGCACAGCCUAAACAAUCAUACCACUCUCGACGCGUAUCAUCCUUGGAAAUAGACCUCGAGUCAUUCCAAAAGACGCACAUGGGCGUCUGCACCGAGGAGCGCCCUGUGAUGCAUUGGCAGCAGAGCGCAAGAUUUCUUGGGCCCGGCGCAAGGGAUAAAAGUCCAACACCACCUGUAGCACAUCAAGGGAGCAGUCAUUGUGGCAGUGCUGCAGGUGCAGAUAACAAUCACCCAUUGUUCCGCGCAUGCACCCUAUCCUCGUGUCCAGAUGUUUGUGAUCAUAGUACAAAGCCAUUUGGCAAUGUUUACGGCUCGGAGUCAUUUAAAAGCUAUGAAAUAGCGGAACACGCUACCUUUGAGGACUCCGCGGCCAAAUUCUCUAUCAGCCGCAGUCGUACAGAUUGCACGGAGGUGUGCGACGAAACGGCUUCGGGUAUAACAUUCAAAACUGAACCCUUCGGACCGCCCAGCAGUCCCGAGUCUACCAACGAUAGCAAAACUGCGCGCUAUUUUGAUGACUGCUCUGGCUGUGGGCGACAAAUACAGGAUCGAUUCUACCUCUCCGCUGUGGAAAAACGAUGGCACGCCAGAUGCUUACAGUGCUAUGUUUGCCGGCAGCCGUUGGAACGGGAGUCCUCAUGCUACUCACGAGAUGGCAACAUUUAUUGCAAAAGCGAUUAUUAUAGUUUUUUUGGUACUCGCCGCUGCUCGCGCUGCCUGGCUUCGAUUAGCUCCAAUGAGUUAGUGAUGCGCGCCCGGAACCUUGUAUUUCAUAUCAAUUGCUUUUGCUGCACAAUCUGUCACACGCCACUGACAAAGGGAGAUCAAUAUGGUAUAAUCGAUGCGCUAAUAUACUGCAGGAUUCACUACAAUAUAGCGAGGGAAGGUGACGCCGCUUCGUCCAGCAUGAGCGCCACACACCCGUACAGCGCCCAGUACGGCUCGCCGCACAACGACUCCUCGAGCCCGCACUCGGACCCUAGUCGGAGUAUUGUUCCUACGGGCAUCUUUGUGCCCGCGACCCACGUCAUUACCGGACUGCCACAGCCGGCUCGUCAAAAAGGCAGGCCGCGCAAGCGCAAGCCCAAGGACAUUGAGGCGUUCACCGCAAACAUAGAUCUCAACACUGAGUACGUAGACUUUGGUCGGGGCUCGCACUUAAGCUCCUCGUCGCGGACCAAACGAAUGCGGACCUCGUUCAAGCAUCACCAGUUACGUACCAUGAAGUCCUACUUCGCCAUUAAUCACAAUCCCGACGCCAAGGAUCUGAAGCAAUUGUCGCAGAAAACCGGUUUACCAAAGAGAGUCCUACAGGUCUGGUUUCAAAAUGCUAGGGCCAAAUGGCGCCGCAUGAUGAUGAAGCAGGAUGGCAGUGGGAUGUUGGAAAAGGGAGAGGGCUCCUUAGACCUCGACAGCAUCUCAGUGCACAGUCCUAGUUCGUUCAUAUUAGGCGGCCCUAACAGCACCCCGCCACUUAACAUGGACUAACGGAUACUCAGGAAAUGAGGAAAGAAAAUAAUAGUGUCAAACGAACAUGGCGCUGCAUUAAACUUCCACAUCAAUCGUCCAGAUUACACUACGUUUGCCCUAGUCAAGAUCCCGAACCAAGACAGUUUCAAGAUCCAGCAUGAAGAACUCUUGAAUGGUAUUGACUCGUUGGAUAGAAAUCAAGUGGAAAAAUAAGCACGGCACUCAAAAAACCGAUGGAAUACGUAUCGUAGAGCAUAUUGUUUGACAAGCUGACGGGCCAUUGAAUGAUAUACUCUUGUAGUAGGCACUCGAAUAUUUUUAGUAUAUUAGUAUUAUUAUUCAAAAAGCUCUUUACAUUUUGUACGUAUGUAUGUAUGUACAUAAAGUGUGUAUAUGUACUUGUACGGUGGUGUCACAGAAAGCUUUUCGGGUGAAAUUCGGGGGAAACGUACGUAAGCAUCAAUACAAGAUUCCCGCAAAUCUCGCCCGAAGAGAUUUUCAUAUAUGUACAUACAUAUUUGCAUGUAUGUAUCCAAUAUUUAUUGCCCAAAUUGAAUAGUUAGAGAUGAAUUUAGUUUAGCGAUAGUAGUGCAUAUGUACAUGUAGUGUCACAAUAAAGAAAUAGCUUCGCUAACGCCGACUGGCAGAUUCAAUGAACUGUCAUCAUAGUCGAUGCACUGGACACAAAGAAUUUGUACUUACAAAUAGUUUAAUUAUAAGACUUACCAUAGAAGCCAAAUAAAAGUUAUUGAAACAAUCAA